AUGACACCAACCAAGCAUUUCUCUUCACUACUGCUGGCAGCAGCGUUGGUAUUUGCGCUGCUGCUCAACAGCGCAUCUGCUGGGUUGCCAUCGGGUACACAUGUUGGCACGCCAGCCAGGGAACAUGUCAACGCAAACGGGCAGCACAUCGGUACGCCCGCCAAGGAACACGUAAACCCCAAGGGCGAGCACAUUGGUACCCCAGCAAAAGAACACGUCGACACCAAGGGCCAACACAUCGGAACCCCGGCCAAAGAGCAAGUCGACCCCAAGGGCGAGCACAUCGGCACGCCUUCCUCCACCGCUUCGAGCCCUGAACUCAUCUCGCCGCAGAUGGAGUCGCUCUCGCGCCCACGCAUUGCCUCGGUGCCCCGCUCUUCCUCGUCUUCGGAAGAGCUGCAGCCGCGCGGGCGCCACCACGUCAAAUCGCGCCCAAGCCUGACCCACGGCAAGGUGACGUUCUACUACGGCUCGCAGCUGCUCAACCCCGCGUGCCCCGGCGCGCCCACCCCGGACGACUGGAGCAUGACGGCAGCCAUCUCGUUCGACUCGCCCUUCCGCUGUGGCGAUCGCAUCCGCAUCAGCGACGGCAAGGGCAAGCACGUCGUCGUCACCGCCGUCGACCGGUGCGCCGGCUGCUCGCGCGAGUGGAUCGACGUGACCAAGGGCGUGUUCAAGGUGUUUGACUCGCUCGACGCCGGUGUCCUACACGACCUCACGUUCCACAAGAUGUAA